AUGGCCGUCUCAACGAACUGCGCGCACGCGUUCAAGAUGAUUAAGUCGGAUAGCACUUUGGUUCAAUGGACUUGCAACCUGUGCUACUCGGGUCCUCACUGGUGGAUUUUCGAAUGUCGAUAUUGCAAAUUUCACAGUUGCCGCGCCUGCAUUCGCAGCGCUUAG